AUGCGAAUUGUUACUGACGACUCGCCAUACCGUCGGCAUGUGCGUAUGGGUUUCCUCGACACCAAAAAAAAAGAAAAAGUAAACAAAACAGAAACGAAAGCGGGGUUAUCCUGA